AUGUCCUACUCAUACCAACAAGAUAACAUCAAAUCAGACGAAUUGAAAAUCUUUACCUCAUCUACUACUUGCAAGCAAAUGCUGAAUCACUUCUAUCCUUCACCUCACUCGCCACCCAAUGAACAAGACAUUUUGUUAAACACACCAUUGCUGCAGGAACAGCAACAAAAUCACGAAGAUUGGCUGAUCCAAAACCAAUUCAAUUUCUGUGCCUACAGUAACAACAACUCUGAAGCAUCUUGCUCACCUGGUAUCCGUACCCCUGAUCUCAGUUUAUCUGACAAUUCACAAAUGUUUGGUUUUACAUCCUUUCUGAACCAAGCAUAUUUCUCCAACUCUAUGCAUCAACAACAACAACAACAACAACAACAACAGCAGCAACAACAACUCGUUCCUUCGCUAUCCCAUCAAGAUCAUUUGAUGUUGUUACAAAAAGGAUAUUCCGAAAAUCAUCAUCCUGCUAAUUCCAAUCUGCUAUUGACUAUUCAGCCGCAGAGUAAACAACAGCAUCAGCAGAAACAGGACCCCUAUGAACAGACACUCCUUCCUAUGCCUUACAGUCAUGAUUACUACAACGAUAGUCAAGUCAUUAUCGAUACCAACGUACAACAGUAUAAGCAGCAUCAUCACGACGAUUCCGCCUUGACCCAAUUAUCACGGGAGCAGCUUAUUGAACGUGUAGUACAAUUGGAGAUGGAAAGAUCAAAUAGAUCUGCUGCCGAUGUCGACUGUCGAGCUUUUUACGAACAAGCAAGAAUAGACACAAACAAGAGCUUCUCAUCAGGCCAAACUUCACAUGAAAUCAAGAUUGAACCAGCAGAUCCAUCUGCAUUAUACAGCCAAACUUCCGCCGAGAACACUGUGGAAAUGUAUUCCUGUUUAUGGGUCAAAUGUACAUCUCAAGCACCCUCUUUGGAGAAGCUUAUGACGCACAUUUGCGAAAAUCAUAUCGGCAGUGGCAAGGCCACUUACUUUUGUGAAUGGAAAGACUGUGCUAGAAAUAAGAAACCAUUCAUGAAGAGACAUAAAAUGCACAAUCACAUGAGAACACAUACAGGUGAACGGCCUUUUGUCUGUACCGUGAUAGGCUGCAACAAGACUUUUUCUAGACCUGAUUCCCUCAGUACACAUAUAAAAACACAUUCCGAUAUUCGACCCUAUUUAUGCUCUAUGCCUGGUUGCGAAAAAGCCUACUUUCAUUCAAGAUCCCUUAGAAAACACAUUAAAUCAACCCACCUCAAGAAAUCCUCCACCACUGCAUCAGUAACAACUGCAUCGGCUCGUCGGAAUAACCCGUCUUUCACGACUGUAUCACAACAACAAAGAAGAAAACUGAACAGCAAUAUGAUAAAAUCACCUGUUCAUUUGGAUUCACCACACUCAUUACAACUUAUACCCAGUAACACGACUACGUUUUAUUAA